UGACUUCAAAUCCUGGACUAUCACAGCUGUCACCAUACCUGAACUUUGACCCUGCAUACCUACAGACAACACAGCCAGAAUUCAUUGCUCUAGAAGGUGCUUCACAAAAGAGGGGGCGCUUUGAACUGGCUUUCUCACAGAUAGGAGGACUAUGUCUUAUUGGUGCGGGACUUGGUGGAGCACAGGGGUUGUAUCGUGGCCUUCAGGAGACAGCUGCUGCAGGACACACUGGCAAAAUUAGGCGUACACAAUUAUUAAACUAUGUUAUGAAGAGAGGUGCAGCAUCAGCCAACACACUAGGCGUUGUUGCAUUCAUGUACUCUGGCUUUGGGUGCUUGUUCUACUAUGCCCGCGGGAGUCAGGAGGAUGAAAUCAACACCCUAGGUGCGGGUACUUUGACUGGGCUCCUCUACAAAUCCACGGCUGGCCUGAGGAAAUGCGCUAUGGGAGGAGUCAUUGGCUUAGCGGCAUCAGCAGCCUACGUUGCUUUUUCAUCGCGGGAUAAAUUGAAGGAUCAGUACAAUCAACGAUUCUAAAAAAGAUUUUAAAGUUUAUGGAAAAUUUACUUUUCGUCUGCAUUAAUGCUUGUUAGAGACUGUUAUAGAUAUUUUUAUUUAACUUGUACUUAUAAGAUGUGGUCAAGAGAUAACUGGAAUUUAUGGUAGUCUAGUGCAUCUAGACUGUUACCUGAAUGAACAUGUAUUUUCCAUCAUAACAUGAAUACCACUAAGUUAUUUUGGCUUAGAAGGGCGAUGAAAUUUGUCUUUAAUAUUGUUUUUUUUUUUUAUGCUCAGUACAUUGUCAAUUGAUGAGGAACAUGAUAGAGAGCCUAUUUUUCUUUAGUUGAUGUUUUAUUUUUUAAUUAUUUUUGUUAUUUGGGAUCAGAAGGGAAUUAUUAGCAACAAAUAAAACAAAGAAGGCUGGAGUAUUUGCUCAUCACGCCAGGGAUCCUUAUGUUCUUUGGCAUAAUAUUAUGGAAAGUGAUAAUUCCAUAUUAUGACAAGUUUUUUCUCAGUGGUUGCAAACUGAGAAUAUAUUUUGACUUUUUUUUUCACUCCUGGGCCAGGAUAUUGUAGGGACAAAAAUUUAUUCCAUAUUGUACAGAAUGUAUCUAUACUUUCCAUGUUAAAAAUCGCCAGUUUAUUGUAAAUACAUUACCAGGAUUUUGUAUGAAUAUAGAAAAAAUCAAAUAAAAUAGAAAAAUUGUAAUUUA